AUGCAUAAUGUGACUGGGUUGUCGGGCAAUUCAACAUCUCCAACCAAUUUACACGUUAUCAUCAAGGUGUGUGUGGUGGUUCCCUUCUUCUCCAUCUUCCUCUUCUGUAUCGUACUCAUGCUCUACAUCUUUGCAUCUAACCGGCACUUCAUGGACAGCACUCGCUACAUCUUGUUUGCCUUCAUGCUGGUCAACGACACCCUAGUAAUGUUGUCCUCUGUGCUGCUCUUUCUGCUGGCCAUGGGCCAAUCGAGGUUCCCCAUUGUCUUCUGUGCCCCCCUGCUGUUCUUCUCCACUGCUUCCUUCCUCAACACCCCUCUCAUCCUAGCUACCAUGUCACUGGAGCGCUACGUGGCUAUCAUGUACCCACUGCGGUGCCCACCUUUAUGGCGGUCCGACCGUGUCUGGUUCAUCUUGCUGUGCCUGUGGCUCAUCAGCUGUGUCCUCCCCACGGUGGACUUCUCCAUAGCGGGGGCUCGUCCCGGCGUGGACGUCCUCUCCACGCCCAUCUAUUGCAACCCUGUGGCCCUCAACUCUUCUCCCGUCCAGAUUUUAUUCAAGGUCUCCCUGAAUGGGCUUUUCUUCGGAACGAUGGCAGUCAUCAUCCUCUACACCUACAUCAAGAUCCUCCUGGAGACCAAGAAGAUGAGGCAGGACAGGGCCUCUGUGAACAAAGCCAUGCACACCGUGCUGCUCCACGGCUUUCAGCUGCUGCUCUGCCUCAUGUCUUUCACCAAUCCCAUUACAGAAAGGCUACUCCUGCUAAACGCCUACUUGCUGCCCGGUGACAUCUACUUCUUCACCUUUUUCUGUUUUGGCCUCAUUCCGCGUUUCCUCAGCCCACUCAUCUACGGCUUGCGGGACAAGAGCCUGAGAGACCACAUGAGAAAAGUCACUUUCUGCUGCUCUUAUAGCCUCAAGACCCGUGGCAUGCUGAAGCCAUCUAGAUUUUGA